GGGGUCACACUGCUGAUUAAAGACACGUAAAUCAACAAUUGGAAAAGUAAGAAAGAUUUGCAAGUAAUACCGAUAAGAAGCAAAAAACAAAACAUUGGACAGGAUGGACGCUGGGACAUGGUACAAAUCGCUGCCCCGCUUCACGCGCUACUGGCUAACCGCAACCGUUAGCCUGAGUCUGCUCUGCAGAUUCGGCCUGCUGCCCGUGGAACUCAUGUAUCUCUCCCGGGAGCUGGUCUUCACCCGCCUCCAGCUCUGGCGCUGCAUAACCUCGUUGUUUGUGUUCCCACUGAAUGGGGCCACCGGCUUCCAUUUCCUCAUCAACUGCUACUUUAUCACACAGUAUAGCGCACGCUUGGAAAAGGAUCAAUAUGCGAGAAGUCCGUCAGAUUACAUGUAUCUAUUGAUCAUCACAGCUGUCCUGGCCAAUGUCGGUGGCAUGGUCUUCAAUGUCUACUUCCUCAUGGAUAUGCUCGUCGUGGCCAUAACUUACAUUUGGUGCCAACUGAACAAGGAGGUCAUCGUCAACUUUUGGUUCGGCAGUCGCUUUAAGGCCAUGUAUCUGCCGUGGGUGCUGGCGGGCAUUGAGCUGAUCUUCCACGGAUCUCUGGCCUCGCUGGUGGGCAUUUUCAAUGGACAUGUUUACUACUUCUUGAAAUUCCAAUACCCACAAGAGCUGGGCGGCAGCGCCUUCCUCGAAACGCCACAGUUCUUGAAACGCAUCGCGCCCGACGUGUCCGGCGGCAUCAGUGGAUUUGGUGUGCCGCCCGAGAGCAGAGCACCGCCAGCCCGCCAGUCUGCCAACUCGGCUUGGGGAUACGGCACGGCCCUGGGACGCAAUUGAAUGAAUCAUUGUAAUUAUUAAGAUCAGUCUGUCUACAUAUAUAUUCAAACCCAAAUGUGGUUACUCUAAACUAACUGUUAACUGUACUGAAUUUCCAAACUCUUAACUACGAACAACAGCAACUCAUUAUCCUUUUAUCCUUAUGAGUUUAGUACCUUAAUGCAAUUGUAAAAAAAAAAAAAAUGUUAAGCGGCGGGGAUGGUAAAAAAUGAUUUAAAAAAUUGAUGUUUCUACAAAUAUACACGAAGAAUAAAUGAUUGUAAAUAGGA